AUGGAAGUUUCAGGCGCAAAAAAGGCUCGAUCGGUGCCGCACAUACCAAUCGAGGUGAUUCGCGAUACACUUUUGAAAUUGAAGAUGAAAGCUGUGAUCCGAUUCGGAUGCGUAUGCAAAGAAUGGCGAUCCACAAUAGAAGACCCCGAUUUCAAGCUCUCCUACCGCGGCGGCCGGCGAGUGCUUGUGGCGGCGGCGUCCGGCAAAAGGUUAGCCUUUUCAUCCAUAACCACCGACAGUACUCUCCGCAUCGAAACGCUAUUCCAGCGGCACGUGAGGAGUGAGGGUGCGGGUUGGUGGUCCGGUGUUUGGUGUUGUUGCAACGGCCUCACGCUUUUCUCGGUGAGACAGCAUAUUCUGUUGUGGAAUCCCUCCACUCGCCGCUGCACAAAAGUGCUUCAGCUUUUUCAGCUUUUGAAUCCUGAUUGGUGGCAUCGUUAUAAUGUGGUCUCAGCCUCGGGGCUAUGUUAUGUCCCGUCCACGGGAGAUUACAAGGCUGUUCUCUUACUCCGCCCUGACGGUGACAACGGAACUGUUCUUGUUGCCAGCCUCAAGAACAAACAGUGGCGAAAAGUGUCGUUUCCUUUCCACGCAAUGUCCGUUAGAGACAGCGGGGUUAAUUUUCACAACACACUCCAUUGGAGGGUAGCUAAUUCCGCUAGGGAUUGGUGUUCCUCACGGAGAUGCAAAAAAGUGGUUUAUUUCGAUGUGGAGAGCGAUGAAUUCAAAGAGCUGCCCAUCCCUACUUUUCCGGCGAAAAGUUCUGCAAUUCUAGGGUUGGGAAUCAUAGAUGAUGCACAUCUCUGUAUGGCUCGCGAGAAGAGGAAAGAAAGAGGAGAGGUUGAAGUGUUGGUUAUGAAGGAAUAUGGAGUGAAGAAUUCGUGGACUAGUCAGUUUGUGAUCUCUGGUUCUCAGUUCAAAUCUGAUUAUCAUCGUGACUUUACAUUCUACUCUUCUAAAUACAAUACACAAAUGCUGAUAGGGAGCUGUUUGUAUGGAUGGUGGGGAAUAUUAGUUUAUCAUUUCAUGAAUAACAAGCUGGAGAGUUUCUUAGAAGCAAAUUCAUCACCGGGACAUAAAAAUUAUACUGCCGCAAUAUGUUCCUAUGUUCCUAGUUUUGCUUCGCCACAUGAGUUUAGUUGGAGAGAUGAUGAUCAGCACAAAAAUGAUUUUGUGUUGAAAUUUAUUUUAGAAAGGUUUAAUAUCUGA